CGGAGUAGCGUCACAACGUUCACGGCGGAGCGAGGAUCGACGCAGUGUUUCGCACGUCGUUGUCGUACGCGACGUCAGGCAUGGCCAGCGCCUUGACGUUCUGUCUGUUGCUCGUCGCAUUGGCACACCCGGGUUGUUCCACGCGUCGCACACUACGGUCGUGGGUGAAUCCGGGCUGCGACGAGUACUGCCAGCGGCGGAACGCGACGACGCUUUACCUGAGAGCCGAUGGCGCGAACGACACGUUGCAUUACUUAUGGGACUUCGCCGUCGGCAAACCGUCCGUGCUGCUUGCGCUCACGCCGUCAUCCGCUUGGCUCAACAUCACCUGGCCGGACUAUCUCGACGGGCGGAAUAACUCGGUCUACUUCUCGGAGCCGGCCAUUUACACCUUCGGGGUGAUAGUGAAUAAGAUUAUCGAAUUCAACGACGUAAAUGAAACGGCACUGAUUGACACUGCCGACGUCGCUAGCACGAACGUUUUGUAUCCAGAGUAUUUCGACUGGCGGCUCGUGUCCUUAUUGAAAAACGACGAGUUUGUCUACCUGGAUAUGGAGGGUAACUCUUAUCACGAUACAACUAAGAAUAUCAGCAGAUACGGGAGUAUAAGGCUUUCGCUGCGGGGAUUUUGCACUCUCGACCAUUCGGACAUGGUGCCACAUAUGCUGCACACGGAGAACUCGACGCAAGUGGACAUCGUUCUCGAUGAUAUACAAACCAAUCUGACGUUCUCCAAGAGCAGAUUCGCGAUUGAAUUGCUCGUGGUCGGCGGCGGUGAUCCCGAGAUACCUAUGUUCGUCGAUCCGAAGAAGAGUCUGGACGACGAACACACGCCGGGUAUAUUUGAGGUGGUCGAAGUUAGAACACCGCCCUACAGCGACUUGGACAGCGCAUUGAAUACUGGAGCGUAUUUACAGUGGCGCCCGGUGUCUUACAAUACCGCAUUGCGCGAGGUAACUAGUUCCACAGAGACAAUGCAGUACCCUCCAAGGAAGGUAUUGAAUCGUACGAACGUCAUUGACAAUUCGAUGCUGUACUGUUACUAUGGAAAUGACACGGACACGCUCCUUAUGCAGAAAGUGACCGUUUCCAUAGGUUCGAAAGGAGAUGGUUUUUAUAAGAGGACUAGUUAUUCGACAUGGACCUUCAUCAUCGGAUACGGCACCCCACCCGAGGAGAGAUUCUCCAAUCUAGUGAUUAUGAUAAUCUCAAUCGGUCUCGGCCUUCCUUUGCUCAUCAUGAUCAUCGCCGGCUUGUACCUUUGUAUUCGCAGGAUGCCGAAGCGACAAGGCGACGUUUACCUCAGUCAAUGAAAGUGAUCGCAUCGCGGCGACUCCUAAAUCGCAGUCGUCAGUCUCACUGACGAUGUCCGCGCGAGUCGCGCUCGAGCCAUGUGGUUAUCUUCGUGUGUCGCGUGUACGUUUAGGUACAUAAGCCACCAUACCACCAUUUGUUCUACACAAAGAGAUAUUCCUAUAUUUAUGUACAACACAUAUAUUUUUACACGAACUGUUAGCUCGGAUGUAAUCAUAUCAGUGUGAUAUUAAGCGUGAGUGUUAGCCCGUCCUCUCGCGACGUAUUCGGCGCCGAAGCGAGACUCUGGCGCGACCGUUCAAAGUUCCUCGUCUCAUUAGUUUUAGAAUAACACGUGUAUCAUGUGUGAUAGAAUUCACGUGUGUUUGUUUGCAUUUGUGUGCGAACGAGGGAUCACAUUCGAUCGUGUUCGACGUCGAGUACGCUCGUCGGGAGAAGAGGCGUGAUUCAUUUGUACAAUCAUGAAAAAUCGAACUUUUUUAGGAAAUUUGUGAUCGAACGAAGUGCACGAUAUAUAUGAAAUAUAUCUUACUACAAAUUGUA